GGUGCUUUCUUUCUUCUAUAAUUCCUUUAGCAAAAACGACAUCGUAAUACCACCAACCGAUAAUAACUAAUCGACCAAAGAGACAAAAAGCAAAACAGCAAUGGCAGAAGAAUCACCGGCUCGGAGCUCCCAGCUGAGAAAAGACCCGGUAACGAACCGGUGGGUCAUAUUCUCACCCGCCAGAGCCAAGCGACCGUCCGACUUCAAGUCCAAGUUCCCCCAAAACCCUAACCCUAAUCAACAACAAUGCCCCUUCUGCAUCGGCCACGAGCACGAGUGCGCACCCGAGAUCUUCCGCCUCCCGCCCGACAGCCCGGAUUGGAAAAUCCGGGUCAUCCAGAACCUCUACCCCGCUCUCAGCAGGGAAAUUCCUGACCGCCCAUCUGUUCCGAACCCUGAUUCAGAUCUGGGUUCGGCUCCAUGGGGCAGGGUUUUGGACGGGUUCGGUUUCCACGACGUUGUGAUCGAAGCCCCGGUCCACUCGGUCCAGCUAUCUGAUCUGUCGCCGCGAGAGAUCGGUGAGGUUGUCCUUGCUUAUAGGAGGAGGAUUGAGCAUAUUGCAAGCUGCGAUUCGAUCAGAUAUGUCCAGGUUUUCAAGAACCAUGGUGCAUCUGCUGGGGCGUCGAUGAGUCAUUCUCAUAGUCAGAUACUGGCUCUUCCAGUUGCUCCUCCUGCGGUUUCUACACGACUUGGCAGUAUGAAGGAGUAUUUUGACAAGACGGGAAAAUGUAGUAUUUGUGAACUUCAUUCGGAGGACAUUUUGAUUGAUGCUUCAUCCCAUUUUACGUCCAUUGUCCCUUUUGCUGCUACAUUCCCAUUUGAGAUAUGGAUCAUUCCCCGGGAUCACUCUCCACAUUUCCAUGAAAUAGAUAGUGAGAAGGUUGUUGACUUUGGCGGUUUACUGAAACUUAUGCUGAGAAAACUAUCCUUGCAGUUGAACAAUCCACCAUUCAAUUUUAUGAUUCAGACAUCGCCACUUCAUGUUAAUGAUUCAGAGAAACCUUAUUCUCAUUGGUUCUUACAGAUAGUACCUCAAUUAACGGGGGUAGGAGGGUUUGAAAUUGGAACUGGAUGCUACAUAAAUCCUGUUUUCCCUGAAGAUGCUGCCAAAGUUUUGAGGGAAGUGAAUGUUUCAUUUUAAGAAUAGUAAACUGGAUUCCCAGAAAAUACACGUUUUUAACAAGAGAGAUUAUUAUGUAAUGAAGAAACCGAUGGUCAAAUACUAUCUUGUUAGUUCUGCCAUGGAAUCUGCAAAUGAAUAUGAGAAAAGUCAAAGAUUAUUUGUUAGAGGUUACAAAGAGAAAGGUCCUGCUGAUUUGGGAUACUUUUUGUUUUAGAGACUCUAUGAAAUGUAAUAAUGCUUGGCCUUGAACCUGAUAAAGAGGAAUAAAAAGAAAUUCCUACUCUCCAGGUUUUACAUUACACUCUUCUGCAGUCUUGAUGGAACUGUUUCAGAUUGUACUGGUACAGACAUUGACAAAAACCUAUAUCCAACAAGAAUAAAUUUAUUGUUCUGUUU